UCACUGACACACUAGAGGCCGCUAUCCCGCUUGAUGCUGCAGGAGAUGAAAGUGCUGGGAUUAAAGCGUCUGGGGCAUGGAGUCACCGGAGAUGUAAGCGAAGAGGGCAGAGUACCAAACCAAGGAACCAGACGGGGAGCAGAUCAUCCCCCAUAGAAUGCCGUUGGACUUCACAGUCAAGCUGGUGGUGACUGGAGAUGACUUUGGCUACUGUCCUCUCAGAGAUCAGGGCAUUGUAGAAUGUUUUAAAGCUGGGGCCAUAUCUAAUUGUUCUCUUCUAGUGAACGGUAGCUCAGCAGCAUGUGCCGCAGAACUGGCGCAAAGGUGUAACAUCCCCAUUGGUCUUCAUGCCAACCUCUCUGAGGGAUUUCCAGUAUGCACUGAGCUUCGUCACAACUCCUCACUUGUAAAUAGUAAGGGUGUCUUCCAUGGGAAAAUGGGAAUUCGUAAAAAACUGGCACAGGGGCUGCUCAAUAUGUCGGAGCAGGUUAGACAAGAGUUAAGUGCACAAAUACUCUUGUUUCGUGAAAUGACUGGACAUAAUCCCCAGCAUAUGGAUGGACAUCAGCAUAUACACGUAUUACCAAGAAUCAAUGAGGUGUUUGCACAGGUACUGCAAGAGAAUGAGAUCUGUUUCACAAGGAUUCCAGUGGAACUCGGACUGCGCAAGUGUGACUGGAUCAAGGAGGACUUGAUGACGUUUUACCAGGGAGUUAAGGAAGACUCUAUAAAUACUGUGGAGGUGUUCAGAAGCCAUGGAAUUCGAUGGCCGGAUCUAUAUAUUGGUCUCAGCACAAUGGGGGGUAACAUGUCUAUAAGCAAUAUCCAACGGGCUAUUGAAUACAGUAUCCAGUCUCUUCUUUGGAAAUCUAGUAACUAUCUUCACCAUCCAACAUUGAAUUCCCGCCAUACUUUGAGCAUUGAACUGAUGACACAUCCUGGGUAUCCUAGUAUACCUCCAGUAGGCGGCUGUGGAGAGGGUCCUGAUGAUUUCUCUCAGUCAGAAGAACGACUGCAUGAGAUGAAAGUGCUAAAAGACCCAGUAUUGCAGGAUUAUUACAAAGAGCAUGGGGUGCAGUUGUGUUCCUUUAAAGAGCUUUAAACAAAUUUAACUCAUCGGGCAUUGUGAAAGACAUGUGCAGGCUUAACUCUAUCCUGGACUGUACUAGGUCACAGAUACAACAGGAUGUGCCUUUGCAGAGGGUUUUAUUAUGGUCAGAGUGCUUUUUAAUUAAUAAAAAUUAAUAUAAUUUG